AUGUUGUUGCUGAAAUUUAUGGAUCUUGGCGUGGAAAAGUGCAUGCUACAAGAUUAGACACUAAAAAAACAAAUUUACUUGUAGAUUUGAAUGAGCUCGCUCCGAUCCCGAAAAUUGUAAAUCCAAUUGCAAACCAAGGUCCACUCGAAUCACGUAGAGUAUGGCAACCUGUAUCAGCCGCUCUUUUUCAAAGAGAUUACUCAAAAGCUACAAAGGAAAAGAUUGCAAUCGAAGAUCGUCAAAGACGAUUGGCAGCUGAAGCAAAAGCAAGAAAAGAAGAUUUCGAUCCUGUAUAUUUCAAAUUACCUGUUGUCGAUGGGCGACCAGAAUUGAAAGAUAAAGCGUAUCAAGUUUUACAAAACGUGAACUUUUAA